GUGAAAUAAAAAAUAAAUGAUUAAAGUUUUGAAGCUGAAUAAAUGUAAAGAUAUCCGUUGAUGAAUGUCUACAUGCAGCAUCUCUUGCAACUCCUGUGCAGAUUGUGUGAAGAUCAAGGAAUGAGGGCGUCAGAUUUUCCUUUGUAAUACCAUCACCCUAAAGACAGUUUGAAAUCGGCAUGUGAAUCUCCUCACACACACACACACACACACAGAGUAAAGAAAACCACACAGCUGCCUAAGGCAAUUAUCAAUCAUCUAUACAUCCUGUGUCCCUAAAAGGAUCAAUCUUCCCUGCUCUUUCCGACGACACAGCUGCCUAAGGCAAUUCUCAAUCAUCUAUACAUCCUGUUUCCCUAAAAGGAUCAAUGUUGGAGGCCCUUUGUACGAAGACAGAUCAAGAAAUGUCUCUUUUAUGGUCUUAAGGUAUAUUUAAAAAAGAUUAUACUUUAAAGUUUCACAAUAUCAUAAUAGGAAAUUACAAUAAGUGGCUCUUUCUGAUCAUACAGCUGUCUAAGGCAUUUCUCAAACAUCUAUACAUCCUGUGUCCCUAAAAGGAUCAAUGGUUCCUGCUCUUUCAGAAGGCCCUUUGUAUGAAGACAGAUCAAGAAAUGUCUCUUUUAUGGUCUUAAGACAUAUUUUAAAAAGAUUAUACUUUAAAGUUUCACAAUAUCAUAAUAGGAAAUUACAAUAAGUAUCGUUAACACCGAGCCUGAUGUCAAAUGUCAAAGUACAUUUGUAUGUUUCUGUGUGAAGCCCCGUGUUGGAGCUCUGGAUAAUAAACAUCUCAAAUGACAAGAAAGUAAAUUAAAUGUUAAAUCUCAGAGGCUAAUCUCUGCAUCAAACACACACACACACACACACACACAGGAAUCAGAGAAGAUCAAGAGGUUAUGUGUUGACAGGCCAGAGUCGGCACCCUGUAGCUGUCACCCCGCCUCUGCAGUUAAUUAGGGGUAAUUUAGCUAGAAAUGGGAAUGUAUGCAUAUGAGUGUUGGCAGACCGGAACCGGCAUCCUGCCGAUAUAGACUGUUUGGUCAUUGCAUUGUUUUCACACACACAGGAACUUAUAAAGAUAUGGGGUACCUAGUGACUGUGGAUAUUAAAAACUUGGAGAAUGGAAUGCAGCGUCCUGUGAAGAUCAAGAAGAUUGGAGGAAGUGUGAAAUUUAUGCAUUUACAUAGUAUUGUGUACCUGGAGGAGCACAAGGUAUAUAACCAGCUAUUUCCGAUCUAGCAGGGAUAGUGUGUGUGUGGAGAGGUCUCUGUGUUGUGUCUCCGUAUCUGAGAGAAUAGGACUUCUGAACCUGACAGCGGAGAAUGGCUCAAGCAUCCGUGACUCUAAACGGAGGGGUGAACCUUCAAGCAGAGGAGUCUGAUUCAUCAACUGAUACCUCAACAUCCGAGACCUCGUCUGAUACUGACUCCUCAUCUGUGCUUUCAGAGGCAGUACCCGAUCUGUGGGGCGAUUUGGACCAAUAUUUCCAAGAAGGGUUAUCGCCAUCAUCACAGCCACAGGAUGACGCAACAUGGCAUACCUCAGACGGUCAAAACAUUAUACAAUCUUUAGAGGCUGCCCGGUUAACCGGAAGAGAUCCAGCUGAUGUGAUACCGCGUCAGAAUUUUGAAGAUCAACCGCCAUUUCACCGGGAGUCUGUCUCACCCGCUAAUCAACCGCUGAUGACCACGGAGAGGCCUCAACCAGCGGACAGGGAUCCAGGAUUCUCAUCGGGUCGCAACCGCAGGAGAACCAGUUCUGAGAUUCCAUACCCGAGAUCCCGCGGGGCUUCCAGCGAAGGAUUUCCAUCGGCACGCUCAAACAGACCCAGGUCCAGACCAUCCAGGUGUCCUCGGUGCUGCGGAGCUACACACCAGCAAUUGGAUCUGAUGUCUAGAGCCUUUUGGCUCCUCUGUCAGAAGAUAGGUGUACAAAGUGACAAUUUGUAAACUGUUUCAGACUGUGAUUUUUAUCAUCUGUAUAAUUGCAAUGAUGCUGAUUUAAGGUUUUUAAAAGCGUUUGAUUUGUAUGAGGUCAUGGAUCAACACACCUUAUUAGCUAUUGAAUUGUUAGAGAGUUUAACAGACUCAGUAGCACAAAAUCUCCAGAAUGCGUCGGGUUUUCAAAACGAUUUAACUGAAAAUGAUUUGAAUGAAAACGACGCAGCCGCUACAUCUAACAGCUCUGAACAGCCGGUAGAUCCUCUCCUUGCUUUAAAUCAAGCUCUCGCUAAUCUUGAACAGUUAGAGAAUGAAUCAUCACCAAAUGAAACAAUCAGAAUAAAUAAUGUCCUUAAAUUGUUAGAGAGUUUAACAGACACAGUAGCACAAAAUCUCCAGAAUGCGUCGGGUUUUCAAAACGAUUUAACUGAAAAUGAUUUGAAUGAAAAUGACACAGCCGCUACAUCUAACAGCUCCGAACAGCCGGUAGAUCCUCUCCUUGCUUUAAAUCAAGCUCUCGCUAACCUUGAACAGUUAGAGAAUUAAUCAUCACCAAAUGAAACAAUCAGAAUAAAUAAUGUCCAACUCGAACAAAGUCCCACUUUAUCAGACCCUCAGACGCCUCCAAACUACAUCGAUCUCAGCAUACCCAGUCCUCCCGUGCAGCAGGGAGGUGCUCAUAUUUCCCCACAACCACGCGUUGUGCGGCGAAGCCGAUUUGCAAAUUAUCAAAUCAGACAGUUGUUAAACUUUCCACCCCCUCUUAACGCAGAUGGAAUAGUGGAUUACAGCAUUUUUUACAAUACAGCUCUACGGCAUGCCGAUGCGUUACUACAAAAUGCAUUAGCAUACGUGACUCCUCGGGAUGCGGUACAGUUAGAGCUGCGCGGGGAAAAUCUCCCUAGUAACGUCUCGGUCGUCUUACAGAAUGAUGAGCUCCCCAGCCUAGCCGACUUUGAAAGGCUCUUACUCCGUGUUGUGCAGUCUAACUGGGCCGUUAUGGCCGAUGGUCAGCUAGAACUUGUUGUAGAAGUGAUCCAGAACCCUAGGGGUGGGGGGAAACGAGUUCUUGGGAAAAUGCUAGACAGUGAAAUCAUUAAAAAAAAAGACGUUUUCUGUACAUUGUCCACAACAGAGAGAAUCAACUAUGUUUUGCCAUCUGUCUGGCUCAUCUGUUAGAUCCUGAUAUCAGCGAUAGAGAAGCCCUCGAACGCGGUAGACAGAUUCAAAUUGAUGUAGGGUUAGACGAGCAGACAGCUGUAUCCUUUAGCGACAUCCCUAAAUUUGAAACCGCGUUGGACUGUACAAUUGUAGUGUUUUACAGAACCGAGGAAGACAGAGCUCUCCGCAAAUUCUUGACAAAUAGCCCAAGACGGAGUAAAACCCUGAUUUUGUUUCUCUUCCAAAAUCACUACUAUGCGGUUAAAAAUCUCAAAGCCUUUCUAGGUUCGCCUUAUGUUUGUGAGCACUGCUUUACAGGUUUUAACACCGUGUUAGGCCAUACUUGCGAAGCUCGUUGCACCGUAUGCUUUGACCCCGGUUGUACACAGAGGCCGUGUCAACCUGUUGUAUGUGACCAAUGCAACAGAACGUGUCGCUCGCCUUUCUGUUUGGCCAAACACAAAGAACCUACAGAGAGAUCGAGAAGUCAAACAUAUGCCAGCGCUUGUGAUUUGUACAAAAAAUGUACC